AUGACGACGGCAGGUGCCACUCGCAAGAUCAAGGUGCUCAUGGCGCAUGGCUACACGAGCAACCAAUUCCAAUUCUUCAAGCGCUCCGGAGCCAUCCGAAAGGCAUGCAGGGACGUGGCCGACUUUACAUUCAUCAACGGUCCGCUGCUCGUCCAGCCCAUCACAUCUGCCGGGGAUUUGGAUGCGCCCGAUGUGGAAGAUGGCAAAGCGGUGGAUGAAGACACGCCGAUCGAGGAGCAGCCACGAGCAUGGUGGAGAGCCGACGACGACGGAAAUUAUCUGGACUGGGAUCAGUCGGUCCACUACAUCAAUGAUGUGCUGAGAAAGGAGGGUCCCUUUGAUGGUAUCGUAGGCUUUUCGCAGGGUGGUUGUCUCGCCGGUAUCCUUGCCAGUGCCUUUGAGAACCCGGAUCGUAUGCCCGGGCUUCGUCUGCCAAAGGGUCAGGGUGCUUUCAAGUUUGCUGUCGCCGUCUCGGGCUUCCGCAGCCGCGACAAGUUGCACCAGAAGCUGUUCGAGAAGCCCAUCGAGACACCUGUCCUGCACGUCUUGGGACGCGCCGACCAGAUUGUGGAUCUGGAGCGCUCCCAAAGCCUCGUCGACGUAUGCAAGAACUCGCGAGUCGAGCUACACGACGGAGGACAUUCGCUACCUUCCCAGGCUCCAUGGCGCAAUUUCUUCCGUGACUUUUUCGCCACCUUCACCUCGGACCCCUACGUCGCCAACGAUCGAUGGAAGACGAUCCCCGGACCAUCCGAUCGACCACGCGGCGAGACGCCGGCGGGAUCUGGAACGGUGACGCCGACGCCUGAGGCAACCGAGGCGGCGACGACAGCCACGUCGUCGUCGACCUCUGCGACAGGUGAGCGAGACAUUGAUCCUUCCAACCCAUCGCGAUCCGUGCCUAAGAAGAAAGCCAAUUCGCCCUUUCUGGUGCAUCAGAAGUGGAAAGAGGAACAGGAGCUUCGAAGAAGGAAGGCGGCAGCCGAACAAGGCUCUAGCACCGGCAGUAGUAGCAGUGGCAAGAAAGGAAAGCACCACGACGACCACCGCGAGGAGACGACCGAUCUCACGGGACCGCUCAAGAUGAUUGUCAAGCUGUUUCGAUUCGCCGUCAUGGCGACGGCAGUGUUGAUGGCGUCUGGUUUUUUUGUGGCGGGCGAUCCGCUCUGGGGCUACCGUGGCAAGUAUACUAGGUUGAGGACGUACUUGCCUUACCGAGAAAAGAUCUUCUCGAUUCCCGAACUAGCCAUGUACAACGGACGUGAUCCGAAAAAGCCCAUCUACAUUGCCAUCCUAGGCGACGUGUACGAUGUUACCGAAGGAAGACGGAUCUACGGGCCCGGAGGAUACUACUCGUUCUUUAGCGGUAGAGACGCGAGUCGUGCAUACGUGACGGGGUGUUUCAAGACGCAUUUGACACACGACGUUCGCGACUUUGAUGACAAGCAGAUGGGUGAUCUGGUGACGUGGAAGCAGUUCUACGACCAGCACGCAAAGUACCACAAAGUGGGUCGGGUAGUCUUACCUCCGAUCGACGCUAGCGUUCCUGUACCCGAACCAUGUGAGGAUCCGGCUGCACAGAAGAUGUAA